AUGGUUGGUAGAGGAUGGAGGUGCUUGUGUUGUGGGGGUGGUGUGGGGGGGGGGGGUUGGGGGGGGGGGUUGGGGUUUUGUGGGUGGGUUUGUGUGUUAGGGGGUGGGGGGUGGGUUGUUUGGGGGGGGUGUGUGUGUGUUGUGGUUGUUGGGGGGUGGGGGGGGGUUUGUGGGGGUUUUUUUUGGUUUUGGGUGGGGUGGGUUUUGUGGUGGUUUGGUUGGGUUGGGGGGUGGUUGGUUGUUGUUUUUGGGGGUGUGGGUGGGUUGGGAGUAGGGGUGGAGUAG